AGCUGCGUGUGUGUGUGUGUAAAAAGGAUGGUGUAUCUGUAGCUGCCACGCACAAACACACAUUUGACCAUGAGGACUCUUCGCAGGUUGAAGUUCAUGAGUUCGCCCAGCCUCAGUGAUCUGGGCAAGAGAGAGCAGGCAGCCUUGGAUGAGCGGGGGACCCAGCAGCGACGGGCCUGCUCCAACGCUACCUGGAACAGUAUCCAUAAUGGAGUAAUAGCAGUGUUCCAACGUAAAGGGCUCCCAGACCAUGAACUUUACAACCUCAACGAAGGAGUUAGGCAACUACUGAAAACUGAGCUGGGAUCCUUUUUUACUGAAUACCUGCAGAAUCAGCUGCUUACAAAAGGCAUGGUAAUACUGAGGGACAAGAUCCGGUUUUAUGAAGGACAGAAGCUGCUGGAUACCUUAGCUGAAACCUGGGAUUUCUUUUUCAGUGACGUCCUGCCCAUGCUUCAGGCUAUUUUCUAUCCUGUGCAGGGGAAGGAGCCCUCGGUUCGUCAGCUGGCUCUCCUGCAUUUUCGGAACAUUAUCACCCUCAAUAUUAAAUUAGAAGAUGCCCUGUCGCGUUCCAGAGCCAGGGUUCCACCUUCAAUUAUUCAGAUGCUGCUAAUACUCCAGGGGGUUCACGAAUCUAAAGGAGUGACUGAAGACUAUUUGAAACUGGAAUCCCUGAUACAGAAGGUGGUUUCCCCAUACUUGGGCACAUAUGGUCUGUAUUCCAGUGAUGGACCCUUCACACACUCUUCUUGUAUUUUGGAGAAGCGGUUCUUCAGACGUUCCAAAUCAGGUGACAUCCUUGCCAAGAACCCUGUGGUGAGAUCGAAAAGCUACAAUAACCCACUGCUGACCCCGGUAGCUGAGUAUGAAACAGAAGGUAUUGCAGCCAAUGGAACUGGCAUCCGAAGGCACUCCGUUUCUGAAAUGACCUCAUGCAUGGAGCUACAAGGGUACUCCAAUCUCACAACCAUCAUGGACAAUGGUUCCAAAAGCUCUGUGACAACCACAAAGAACUCACUCUCAGGAGAACAAGAAAGGCCCAGUCCCAGUUCAGUGGAAUGUUCCAGCAAACUCAAUGCAGUUGAGCAACAGCAAGGACUCUUUCACAACAUGGGUGAUCAAAACAGGGCUUUUGAGCUGGCCAGGGACCCUGCCUUGAUUCCAGUCCCUUCUUCCAGCCCCGAGAAUAUAGUGGACCAGAUUUUGGAGUCCAUUGACUCUGAUUCUGAAGGAAUUUUCAUAGAUUUUGGCCGAGGUUGUUCAAAUUCAUCAGCGUACAACGUGGAUGUGAGCAGACAGAGCAUCGUGUGACGGACAGGAGACAAAUCCUUGGUUUUAUUAUUAUAUACAAGUAACUGGUAUGUUCGGCAACACAGCAGGGAAUAGAUAUACAUACAGAGCCAAAACCUCAGCAGGUGUAAAUCAUCAGUAUUAAAAAUCAGUGGAGCUAUAGUGAUUUACACCCCCUGGAGAUAUGGCGCCUCUUUUUUUUUUUUUAAACCACCAACCUAUUUUCUUCCCAUCAUUCUGCAGUAAGAUUUCUUACUGUCUUUGUAAGAUUGUGGCUUGUUUGUGUUUGUUUGAUUUUCUGAAUGGAAAAGAGUCUAAUAGAAAGCUGUGAGUGCAGCUGGAUAUGUGCAUUUACUAAUAUAGUCCAUUGUAUGGCUGCGUUCACCUUUAUUUUUAGUUGUCUUGAAAGAUUCCUGUAAAAGUGCAGGUUGCUCUUCGAACAACACAAUCUUGGCUGGAAAAAAAACCUUUUUUUUUUUUAAAAAAGAACAAACCAACAAUGAUGUGGUCAUAAAUGUAGCAGAAUACCAUGAUUUAUGGUGACACUUUUUUCCCCCUUUUCUUGGUAUAUCUUGUAUGCACUCCUCUAACCGCAAUGAGUUAGGAUUAUUAAGGAAAAAAGUAAAAUAAACAAUGUGUUACAUAAUGUGAUGCAGUGCCUGGCAUCUAAUGUUUUGUUUCACAGCCAAUACAGCGUCUAGGUGAGAGAGAUGUCCUAAAACUGGCUUUUAGGACUGUGUUAAUUUGCUUUUAAUGUGACACUUCCAAGAAUUUUGUGCACUGUAAACUCCUGGACAACUCUCCAUUCUAUGGUGAGGUCCCAGCAGAACACAAGUUACUUGUUUCCUGUGUAAAUAAAGUUAUGGGCUUUCAA